CGUACUAACAAUUCUGGGUUUUAUCAGAAAGUUCAUUUGCACGCUUUUCACAGUUCUGGGUCUAGGAGAUUUCCUCGAACCCGAAAUGCCAUUCCCGACCCGACCCGAAUCUCACUCGGAGCUCCACUCAGUGUCAGCAACGUUGAUCCGUGAGCUGUUGCCGGUCGUUAAGUUCUCUGAACUUGUUGACCCGCCGGAGAGCUGUGCCGUUUGCUUGUAUGAAUUUGAUGGGGAUGAUGAGAUCCGACGGCUCACAAAUUGCCGACAUAUAUUCCACCGGAGCUGUUUGGACCGUUGGAUGGACCAUGAUCAGAAGACUUGUCCACUUUGCCGUACGCCGUUUAUUCCCGACGAUAUGCAAGAUAGUUUUAAUGAGAGAUUAUGGUUGGCUUCCGGCAUUUCCGAUUUUUACGGCGAGUAUUCUCCGGUCGCUGCCGGUUUGUAGCACUACUGAUUUUUAUUUUUCCCGGUGGUUGGGAUUUGAUAAUGUAAAAUGUAUAUACUACAAGAGAAAGAAAAGAAAAAAGAUGAGGGUGGAAAAGAGAAAAAAAAAAUUACUCCUAUUUGUAUAGUGUACAAUUUUGAGACUAUGGAAUGAAAAUCGAUAGUUUAAAUUUUCAUUUUUCGUGAA